AUGACGUACCAACUUUCCAAUUGGAUUGUUCAAAAAUUUGGAGGUACUUCGGUGGGUAAAUUCCCAGUCGAGAUAGUCGACGAAAUUAUUAAAUUCUAUACUACGGAAGCUGGCAAUAAUGUUGCAGUUGUGUGUUCCGCCCGUUCAUCGUAUACUAAAGCCGAAGGUACCACUUCUCGUCUGCUGAGGUGCUGUGACCUUGCGUCCCAAGAACUGGAUUUUACAGAGGUGAUUGAAGCAGUGAGGCAGGAUCAUGUUCAGAAUGCAGAGAUUCACAUACAGAACCCGGUUUUGCAGACUAAAUUGAUUGCUGACACGAACAAAGAGCUGGAUUUGGUGGUCCGCUACUUGGAGGCUUCUAAGGUGUUGGGUGAAGUGAGCGCCAGGACGUCGGACUUGGUGAUGGCUUGUGGCGAGAAGCUAAGUUGUUUGUUCAUCGCUUCUUUGUGUAAUGACCGUGGAUGCAAGGCGCAGUUUGUUGACUUGACGCAUCUUUUGCCUUCGGACUAUAACGUUAGUGUCAUCGACAAUUCGUUCUACACUCUACUGGUGGAAUGUCUGAAAAACAAACUUAAACCGUUCGUCAACUCCAAGGAAAGAAUAGUGCCGUUGCUGACUGGUUUCUUUGGGUUGGUGCCUAACGGUUUGUUGAAUGCUGUUGGUCGUGGUUACACCGAUCUCUGUGCGGCUUUGAUUGCAGUCGCAUUGAAUGCCGACGAAUUGCAAGUUUGGAAAGAGGUCGACGGUAUUUUUACCGCCGAUCCCAGAAAGGUUCCUCAGGCACGUUUGUUGAACAGUGUCACACCUGAAGAAGCGGCGGAAUUGACUUACUACGGUUCUGAAGUUAUUCAUCCUUUCACUAUGGAACAAGUCAUAAGGGCCAAGAUUCCUAUCAGAAUUAAAAACGUUCAGAAUCCAAAGGGUGAAGGUACCGUCAUUUAUCCUGAUGACAUGGCCAAGAGGGGCGAAUCAACUCCUCCGCAUCCACCAGAGGCUUUGUCUCAAUCCUUCUUCGAGAAGAGAAGGAGGGGUGCUACUGCAAUCACAACUAAGAACGAUAUUGUGGUGCUGAAUAUCCAUUCCAACAAGAAGACUUUGUCUCAUGGUUUCUUGGCACAAAUUUUCACCAUUCUGGAUAAAUACAAAUUGGUCGUCGAUUUAAUCUCAACUUCCGAAGUGCACGUCUCCAUGGCGUUGCCUAUUCCGGAUGCUGACUCGACAAGGGCUCUCAAGCUUGCCGUUGAGAAACUUAAGUCACUGGGGACAGUCGACAUCAUCAGAAAAAUGGCCAUUGUCUCACUGGUCGGUAAACAAAUGAAGCAAUUUAUCGGCAUAGCCGGUAGCAUGUUCACUACGUUGGCUGAAAAUAACAUCAACAUCGAGAUGAUCUCUCAAGGUGCUAAUGAAAUUAAUAUUUCAUGUGUUAUCGACGAAGCGAACUCUCUUAAGGCUCUAAAAUCCAUUCACGGGAAGUUGUUGGACGAAAAGCCUCCUUCGAACUCAUUCGAGCAUGCCAUCAACGAGCGGCUAGAGCAGAUCAAGAAAAUGGAUCUGUAG